UGUUAGUUCAAGCCACAACUACUCUUCAACUCCUCCUGAUCAAACCGAAACUCUUAUCAGUCAGAAAGCUAUAAGCGAAAGUCUAGGUUUAGGUCUAGAUCUAGAUCCCCGAGAAAUGAUAAAAAUAAUAAAUAUUCUAAAUACUAUUCUAGUUCAUGAGAUAAAAAUGACGAAG